CCUUUUCCCCAUGAACGGCACACGCAGCAGCGAGGGCGGCGAUCGUCUCUACCCGCGACUUGUGGGGUGGAGAUUCGAGUGGGCACGCUCGCUUCGCGUCGCUCCGGAGGCUCUCGUGAGCGAGGACCUGCUGCGAGCCAUUGCAGACGCCGAGGCGGCACCGUCGGCCGACGUCUGGAAGAUUGCCGAGACCAAUCCCGUCUCCAACGGUCUUCGAGAAGCGGGCGGCUUUGCAGCGCCAGGCGUCACCGAGGCGCAGGCUGCAGAUGCGGCGCGCUCGCUCUCGCUGCUGCUCGCACUUUGGAAGGCUGAGCGGACCAUCUACGCAGACGCCGAGGCGCUGGUCAAGCUGCGUCCCGACCUCACUCUGAAUGAGAUUCGCCGCUUCCUGGAGCACAAGCGCGGCUUCGAGCCCGGCGCUCUUCUGCCGUGCGGCGACGCCAUCCUCGCCGCAAUCCUCGCCACCCCGAUCCCCGCGGCUGCUCCAGCUCGGGCAGGCAGCGGGAGGCGGAGCAACACCUCCGUCCAGCUCGGCCAGGAGUGGCCGCGCAGUAGCACCGGUCACGGUACCGGUCCUGGGGGCAUUUACCACCGCCCAGGGGUUGCGCGGGUCUCUCCCACGCGAGUUGCGCGAGUGUCUCCCACGCCCAUGCCGGCAUCUGCACGGCCAUCUGCGAGCCCCGCUACUGUACCGGCACCCCGCCGCGCGCAGUCGGCCUCCGCUCGGCCGGCCUCGACGCCGGCAACGGCAGCGCGCAGGCGGCGCAUGAGGGAUGGGCGCCGGCCGGAGGGGCGAAACAGGGGCACCUCUGCGAUGGGCAACGCUCCCGUCCGAUCCGAGGAGGAGGCACGUGAGGCGAUGGCGGGGCGAGCCCUGCGCGACAUCAUGGCGUCAGAACGGGCUGCCAUCCGAACGAUGAGCACGAUGCGCACGACCCCCCCGCGGCACAGGUCUUGAUCCCACGCGACGCGAGGGGCGGCGCUCGGCAGUCCGCUCGGCGGGCAAGUGGCGAGUGCACCCAAGCGCAGGGGGACGAGCCGGCACGCCAGCGGGGCACAGCACAGAGAGACGUGCAUGUUGAUAUAGCUACCUCCAGACCCAUGUGAUAUUGUCUUGUGUCGAAUAGAGACGAGAGGGUCCGAUAGUGGUUUCAAAAAACUUCGGGCUUCGGG